GUCCAAACUGAACUGAGCUGUUUCUGCCCUGCGGUUUACUGAAUAAAACGGACACGCACAGCUUCAGUCUCUCACUGUUAUUUAUAGAGGACACAUGGAGCUCUGCUCGCAUUUUUAUAAGGAAUAUUCACAGAUCAAAUCUCAUUAUUUCAUCUUGGACUUUGCUGGAUUAUGACCUAUUCAGCUGCUUGUAAUCUUUAUGUUUCUGUUUAAUACAAGGUUCACUUCAGUCAGAAAUGGUCGCCCAGCCGGAGACAGUUUUCCAUCCAGAGGAGCAAGGAGAUCCCUGCUGCCCAAACCCCACUCCUCCACCCUGGGACCCAGCAGAGGACCGCCACUGCAUCACCACCACCUUACAGUAUUUACAGACCUCAGGCUGGUACUGGGGCUCCAUCUCGGCGGGUGAAGCUCGGGAGGCUCUGCUGACGAAGUCUGAGGGCACGUUCCUGUUGCGGGACAGCAGCCACCCUCAGUACAUGCUGGCGCUGUCAGUGAAAACCUGCUGUGGACCCACCAGUGUGCGCAUCGAGUACAGCAGGGGCGCCUUCUGGCUGGACUCCAUCUCCCCCGGCUGCCCUCAGCUGCAGUCCUUCCCAGAUGUCCUCAGCCUCCUGCAGCACUACACCGGCUCGGGCCACAUACCGCAGGAGCCGGCGUCCGGCGACCUUCGCCGUAAGACAAAGCCUGAGCACGUCCGGCGCCCCACGAAAGGCAGCGGCGUCCCUCUAAAACUGAUGCAGCCCCUCCUCAAACCCGAAGCCUUCCCGACUUUGCAGCACCUGGUGCGCCUCACCAUCAACAGGCACACGCAGUGUCCCGAGCGGCUGCCUCUCCCGAAGCCUCUGCGGCGUUUCCUGCAGGACUACCCGUUCCUCAUAUGACACACUGUCUGAGCCCACGCUGCAGAUCCUGGACAGCCGGGCUCACCAGGAAACACGGACAAGAGGUUUAAGGACAAUUAACCUCAAUGUGACUUCACUUCUCGUGAAUGAACUCCGCUUUACUACUGUGAUAUUUUUAUAUCAGUUUCAGCGACUGUAAAUUAUUUUAUGUCUGUGUAUUUUCCCUACCAACACCAGUAAGAGGGGUUUUUGCCUGCUGUUAGAUUAGUGGUGUCUGUUUUGCUAUAAAACAGCCCCAGCACAUCAUAAUUUCUGUGGUCUUCUGUCUUGUCUUGGUUGGAGCCCACUGCAAGGCGGGUCAUUUGCCAAGAGAAAUGUUUAUUCACUCUUUGUGAAAUCAAUGAACCCAGUGAACCGGGGCUGAGCCAACAGGUCUGUGUCACUGUCAUGACCCCGUCACUAGAAAUGGUUGACGGUACGUUCAAAGCCCACGUUAUCACCGGUUUGAAAGUGGAUACAGGUUUGAUGCUCCGCUGGAGUCAGAUGGGUCAGACGUGGGUGGCAAAUCUUUCAAAAGAUCAACUUAAAGGCAGGAUACUGUCUUUUUUAAUGAACAAAGCCAAAUAACAGUAAAACACGCCCUGUCAAACGACCCUUCCCAGAAUAAUUAUCACAGCCUGUUCAUAGAAAACGCUGUCAGCAGUUACUGUAAGGGACAUCUGUUUACAAACAGGUUCUAUUCCCCGAAGAUGUUCAUACGUGCCUGUGGGUUUCAGCGAAAUAAAGACCUCAGAAAUG